AUGAAGACAGAGACGGAGAUCCUGGCGCCGGAGCCCCCGGCCGGGCCAGGCGUCAGUCACCUGCUGAGUAGCCGGAAGCUGCUGGCCCUGGGGGCCGUGCUCGGCUGGCUCCUGGUCAUCCACCUCCUGGUCAACGUGUGGCUUCUCUGCCUUCUGUCUGCGUUGCUGCUGGUGCUGGGAGGAUGGCUGGGCUCUGACGCCAUCGUGGGGGCUUCAGGGCGGCUGCACCUGGAGCGCUUCGUCCCAAUGGCCGUCUGCCCCCCAAACCCCGAGGCGGAGAGGCAGCUGGAACAGGAGAUCGACCGCACCAUCCGGAUGAUCAUGCGGGACUUCGUGUCGUCCUGGUACCGCACGGUGAGCCAGGAGCCAGCCUUCGAGGAGGAGAUGGAGGCAGCCAUGCGAGGGCUGGUCCAGGAGCUCCGGAGGAGGAUGGCCAGGGUGGACAGCCACGCUCUUGCCCAGAGGGUUCUGACUCUCUGCGGUUGUCAUCUACAGAGCUAUAUUCAGGCGAAGGAGGCUGCAGGGAAACAGAGUGGCCCAGGGGAGCCCUCCAAGCUCUGGGAGGCUUACUGCCGGGCCAGCGCUCCACACCCUGCAGUGCAGAGCCCUAGCGCUGAGGUCACCUACACACGGGGCAUCGUGAACGUGUUGCUUCAAGGACUAGUGCCGAAGCCGCACUUGGAGACCCGGACCGGCAGGCACAUAGUGGUGGAACUCAUUACUUGCAAUGUCAUCUUACCGCUGAUCAGCAAGCUCUCGGAUCCGGACUGGAUCCACCUUGUACUCGUGGGCAUCUUCUCCAAGGCCAGGACUAAGCCAGCAGGAGUGGCUAAUCCACGCUGCCCAGCCAGUGCCCUGGAACAGCCCUCAGUGCCCGCAUCUCUGCCGCUGAUUGUCGAGGUCCAGGGUCUCGCAGAAGCCCCUUCUCCAGCAGCAGCCCCGAUGCUCCUAAGCUGUAGUGAGCCAGAUGGGCCUUCACACCCCUCCCCAGAAGUUGAAGAAGGCCAUGAAGCGCUGGAGGGAGAUCUGGGGGGAGUGCUCGAGGAGAGAAAAGUCGGAAACAGCUCUUCUCGUUUCCUGCAGCCUCUGUUCUUGUCUGAAGAUGCAGAGCUGGAGUCCCCGUUGUCUGAACUGGGCAAAGAAACCAUCAUGCUCAUGACUCCAGGCCCCUUCCUCUCUGCCAGGAUUCAGGAUGCCUUGUGUGCCCUUGGGAGCUCCCAGCCUCUGGAGCCUAAGGAUGGCAAGGGACCCGAAGGAAUAGAAGGAGCGGAAGCUGAGGAGGGUCCAGGAACAGAAACGGAGCCGGGCCUGCUUGCCUCCAUGCUGAAUUCCUGCCCAGAGAUCCAGAUUGACACAGCGGACAAGGAGGGAGAGCAGGGAAAUGGCGCCUCUCUCACAACUUUGCUGCCCAGUCCGGAGAGGAUAUGUCCCCCACGCCCCUUGUGUUUAGAGAAGGAUCUCACCAAUGGUGGGAGCUCCCUGGACUCCAGUCUGCCACAGGUCCUGCUUUCCUCCUCUCCACCUGGACCCCUCAGCUCAGCCACCUUCAACUUUGAGCCCCUGGGCAGUCCAGAUGGCCCCGUGGUCAUCCAGAACCUUCGCAUCACUGGCACCGUUACUGCUCGAGAGCACAGUGGCUCCGGUUUCCACCUGUACACGCUCUACAUGGUGAAGUACGAGACGGCCCUCGACGCUGAGAACAGCGGCGGCCUGCAGCAGGUGGCCUACCACACUGUGAACCGCCGCUACCGCGAGUUCCUGAACCUGCAGACCCGUCUGGAGGAGAGAUCGGAUCUCCGAAAGUUCAUCAAAAAUGUGAAGGGCCCCAAAAAGCUCUUUCCAGAUCUUCCGUUUGGAAACAUGGACAGUGACAGGGUGGAAGCCCGCAAGAGCCUCUUGGAAUCAUUUCUCAAGCAACUCUGUGCCAUUCCUGAGAUCGCUAACAGUGAGGAGAUGCAGGAGUUCCUUGCUCUCAACACAGAUGCUCGUAUUGCCUUUGUCAAGAAGCCGUUUGUGGUCUCCAGAAUAGACAAGAUGGUGGUGAGUGCUAUCGUGGACACGUUGAAGACAGCGUUCCCUCGCUCUGAGCCCCAGAGCCCCACAGAGGAGCUGAGUGAGGCCGAGACAGACAAUAAGCCCCAGACAGAAGGCAAGAAGGCUGCCAAAUCCAGACUGAGGUUCUCAUCCAGUAAAAUUGCUCCAGCACUGAAUAUAACUGAGGCACACGAGAAGGUUCUCUACUGUCUCCAGGACAGCAGCGCGGAGUCAGAGACCCUCUCUGUGUCUGGGAUGGAAUCCUUUAUUGAAAAACAGGCAAAGUUACUAGAAGUGCAGCCAGCAGACGCUCCCGGAAGAGAUUCUGAACAGACCGCUGAGGGGUGUGUGGGCGAUCUCGUGUCAGAUGCUCCCUCUCCAGCCCAAGGCCUCAGCAGCAGUGAUCCAGGAACAGAGACCGAGUUGGCCGACACAGCCCUGGACCUGCUUGUCUUGCUGCUCAUGGAACAGUGGCGAUGGCUGUGUACAGAGAGUGUGCAGAAAGUCCUUCAUCUUGUCUUCGGGACCCUGAUCCAGAGGUGGCUGGAGGUGCAGGUGGCUCAUCUGACAUGUCCACAGCGCUGGGUGCAAUACCUCCGGCUCCUCCAGGAGUCCAUCUGGCCGGAUGGGGCUUUGCCCAAGUGUCCUCGGCCUGUGAGGACCCCGGAACAGAAGGCAGCGGCUGAGAAACAGGCUCUGCAGAGCCUGAUGGGUGUCUUACCAGAUGUCAUUGUAGAAAUCCUCGGGGAGAACAAAUGCCGGCUGAGCUGGAGUCUGGUCUUGGAGUCGCUGCAUCAGCCCCUCAUCAACAGGCAUUUGAUUUACUGCCUUUGGGACAUCAUCCUGGAAUUGUUGGAGCUCAGUGCCUCUGCCGAAGAAUCUGCCGUAACCAGCUCCACUGCAGACACCCCAGGAAGACGGGCAUCUCCCCUUAGCCAGAGGCCAUUGUCCAAUUUCUUUGAGGGAAACACAGUCCAUCCAGGAGCACUCUUGAAAGCCAGAGCGCAGGUCUCUCGAGCGUCCCCACAGCCCAUGGAGGGAGACACUUCUCAGGGCUCUCUGUGCUCACCAGUGUUGCCCAGCAUCCCGGCUUGCAGAGGGCGUGACUUCGGCUGCUGCCCUAGGAAGCUGCUUCCCUGA